AUGGAUCUGAUGUGGGAGGUGCUAGAAAAGAAUACGGAUAUACGAGAGCUAUUCAAUGAGUUUGGUCCAUUGAAAACUGUAACACUUCACUAUAAUAGAUCUGGUAGAUCUAUGGGAACUAAUAAUGUUGUAUUUCGCAGUAAAAAUUCCGCAUUAAAAGCAAUAAGUCAAUAUAACAAUGUACCACUUGAUGGUCGCCCUAUGAAAAUUGAACUUGCAACUGAUUUGUCAACUGUUGCCAACCUUGCUUCUCGUCUCAGAAGACCAGCACCAUUGCUUAUAAGAAGUAUUCGUAUUAGAGUAAAAGGUAACCGGAGCAAACGUGGAAGUACUCGUGGUAACUCGAGAGGACGUGACGGUAGAGUUGACAGGAAAAACGAAAAGAAAAUGCCAAACAAAGAUGAAUUAGAUGCACAACUUGAUAGCUUUAUCAAAAGCAAGAAAACUUGA